AUGAAAGAAGUAUCGUUAGAAAACGAACUAGAACUUAUCUAUGAGUACACACUGUCAGUGGAGCUUUUAAUAAAAAAGCUCAGUGAUUAUAUCAAGAGGAAACACACACAGAAAAAAAUAAUCCAAAGGAGGGACCUCUUCAACAAAUUUAUCCUCAAGUACCUAAAUAAAAAUGUCCCAUCGAAGUUAUCUCAUCAUAUCCGAUAUUCCAAGAAUAACAAAUUUUAUGAGCAGAUUUUUCUGUGCGCCUUUUACCAUGUCAUUGUAAAGUUGGUGCUGCGCGACCAGCUGUUCGGUCUGCAGAAGAGAGAAGGACAAAGCGCCCAUGAAGGGUCCAACGAAAGUGAUAAUUGCAGGUUGAACGGAGGGCAGCCUAAAUGUACAGAAAAGGCAACUGUAUAUGUAACCACGAAUGAAGGGAUUGGAAGGAAAGAGGAAGUGUCCAGCAAAGCGCUUGAAUACAUAAUGAGGGAGAAUCUGCCAUGUCACAAGUUAAGUGAUGGACUUUUAAUUCUCCAUUCGACGUAUGAGGAAAUAUGCGACGUCAUUUAUGCCUUUAGCGUUAUAUGCUAUGCAUACGAGUUUCACUCGUUUUUUAGGAUAAAGAAUGUAAGGAUUGCAAAAAGUGACAAGUGCGCAAUUGGCUUUUUCAGCUGGAUUUACGGCAUCAAGUCGUCUGUUUUGAGGAUUUUGAAGCGGGGACAGGUGCGCACAAGUGGGAGAAGUGGGAAAAGCGGCAGAAGUCGGAGAAGCCAGAGCAGCGAGCGAAGUGGGAGCACUGGAAGAAGUGGUAGGAGUGGCCAAAGUGACAGAAGUGAUGAGAACCAUUCGGCGAAGACGCAGAGCCCCGAUAUAGCCCCGAACAACGCGUCGAACUGUGCGAAUGGCCAGGAGAACGAGUUCGACAGUGGAAACAGCAGCAACGCGGAUUUUAUGACAACCAGGGUGGUUCGAGGCAACAAAUUUGUAGAGAUGUGUGUAGAGGAAAACCAUCCAGAUGAGAAUUCCGCCCACUUGGGUAGCAGCACCAUGGAAAUAGAAAACCCAAUUGUUUCUGAAGAAUUUUUUAAUUUCAUGUUAAACAGGGGAAAACAUAUCGAGAGAAUCUUCUUCCCCCAUCCAGACGAGGUGCAAAGUUACUGUGCCGAUAUAAAUGGCGAAGCAGUCUCAAGUAACUGUUUAGGAAGAGGCACCAACACAGGGGGGAAAUAUAACCAAAAUGAUAAAAGAAGGAAUUAUCCAAAUGGUACUUCCCAUGGGGAUAGGAGUAUAAUGUCAGAUGAUAUAAACAACGGAGUUGGAGCUUCUGUGGAUGAACCUCACGGGGGAAAUGCUGACGUAGGAAGGUAUGCUCAAUUCAGAAGUGAUACCAAAAGGGUGUUGGGUUAUGUCGGUGGAUGUGGGUGGAAGAUAAAAAAUUACAACGAAGUGAAGUCCCAUUUUGAACAACUAUACAGUAGGAUGAAGAAUGUGAAGACAUCCAAGUUUUACAUACCCCUCUGCCUGUACGUCAAUUACACAUUUGAUUUUUAUCACUUGAGCACAAAAAGGAAAAUUUGGAAAAUCAUCAAUUUUAGUUUAAGUUUUGAUGAAGGAGCGUAUGACUCUACCAAGCUUGACAGAAAUUGCAAUGCAAAUCAUGUGAACAGUUUUUUUUCAAACUGGAAUAGACAGCCCCAGGAGGAUGUGAACAAAAGAAGCUGCGUUUCGUUUUAUAUGGGAGGCCUCGUUGAAUUCAUUAACAAAAAUAACAAUUUGGAAAGAAGACACAUAAUGGCUGCGCUGAGGAAAUUUAUCGACUGCGAAAUACUUGAUGGAAAUAAUUCACCUUCCCUGGAGAUCAGCGAAGACGAAGAAAAAAAAAAUAAAAGUGAUGCAGCAGAAUGUGAUGAAUACCAUAAGAUAUUUUACACGCCCAUUGGAGUGUUUGGACAGGAGGGAGACCUUGCGAGGAGGGAACCCGACUGUAAGAACAACACGCACAGUGUGUCGCUCGCUGAGCAUUUUAGUUAUGGCCAUGUAAGUGCAGAAAUGGAGCAAGUCCAACCCUAUAGAGGGGAAAAUAUCUCCCCAUGGAACGCCACAACAAUGGAUGAUGGGCAAAAAAAAGGCGAGAGGGGAAGAAAAAAAGAUGAACAGAUUGAUCCAUUUCAACGACGAAGGAACUCAAAUUAUGUCAUUAUAGGGAUAAACGAAUUCGUUAGCGACCAUCUUUAUAUGUUCAUUUCGUAUGUCUGCUUAAACGUAACAAAAAUUGCUAUCUUCCUAAUCGAGAGAUACCGCAUGACCAUACCGAACAGGUACUUAGAUCUGAGCUGCUACCUAUUUAUAUGCCAAGCGAAUAAACUCAAUUCAAACAUUUUACAUUUCAUAAACAAGUACAACAUUGAGCGUUAUCUUUUUCGAAAUGAUGUUUCGAAUAAGGACUUGAAGGAAAAUUAUUUUAUUUACAAAAAGAUCGAGUGCAGUGAAAUGGGGAGAAAGCACAACGAUCUGUACUUGAAAUUUUUGGAAGACAUUGAAACUCAGAAUUAUGUGAAUGGCUCUGGAAAGAACAAGAGGGGAGGUUCGGGACUUUGCUCUGGAAAUGCCAACAGUAACACGGGGAGAAAUAAUUACUCGUUGCGCGUCCGCUUGAGAGAAGGGAGCCGCAGAGGGAAGAAUCUUGGGGGGAAUUUUGACACAGGGUACACUUAUGAUAGUGGUAAUGGGGGCAGUAACACAGGCAUCACAAGCAGUAGUAACAAUGGUAGCAAUAGUGGAAGCCGUGGAGGAAGUCGGGGGGGAAGUCACAGUGGAAGUCCCAGUGACAGCAACAGAAGUAGAAGCAAAAGUAGAAGCAGCAAAUUGUACUCCACACCGAACACUUAUUACAGCGAUAGCCAAAACCAACAUAUUAAUUACCCCCCGUCGGCUAAAAAGGAAAACGUGCAAGGUGGUCAGAAAAAUGAUUUGGUGACACCAGCAAAUCACAAUAAGCAGUCAAGCGAAGGGAAGAAUUGUCCCAGCAGCAAUUCCAGUUUGAAGCACGGACAGCAAAGUAGUACAACUGCUGCUGUGGAAAGGAGCGAAGAGGGGGGAAUGGGACUACCAACAAGUAGUCACUGCGCUAUGAGCAGCCCGAAUGAUGAAAUGUCUUCCGAUGUGGCAACUGCCUUUUUGUUGCCAUCUAUUGGGGAAAGCGCAAAAGGGGGUUCUGGACAGAUCGGGGGGUUUCGCUGUGGAGAUGUCUUCUGCGUGGGUGGAAGUAACUGGAGUAGAGGUACCAGCAAUGAGCUUCCCCUCUAUGCGGGUGCAACCCAACAAGGCGACCAAACGGAAAAAAAAAUAAUCGAAGAGGUGGAUCAUCCCACGAACUUCAACCAUAUUAGUAGCAGCAAAUAUUACACGGAUAUUACGUACAACAAUUGCGAAGGUCAACAAUACUACUGCACGCUUCGCAACAACAACGUGUGCAAGAGGGAGGAUACGCACAAUAGGGUGAAAAUGUGUUAUUCGGAGGGAUGUACGCAGGAGAAUCGACCGGAGCGAUCGGAGCUGGCGGAGCAGUCAAAUUGGCAGGACAAGAAUGGCGAUGCUUUUGCGAAUGAAGUGCUUAACGUAGCAGAAAAUUGGCACCACAGCAGUGGUGGGGGAAACAAAGAAAGGACUGUUAGGCGUUCCCGGAGUGACUUCCCCCAGGUUAACAACUCCCCGAGUGGCUUUCCCCUGGUAAGCGUCUCUCCGAGUAGCUCACCACUAAACCCCGCUUAUGUUAUAAGCAUAAACUUUCUAAACCGUGAGGCGUAUCCGCUCAAGCUAAAGGUGCCGUACAGCCUGCACCUGAAUGACAUCCUAAAGGGCGACGCCAGCAUUUCACACUUGGUGGACAGUUGCAAGGGAAACAAAACGCUGGAGCUAGAACUGAUCAAGCAACAACUGAAAAACGGAAACGUAAAGUUCGCAAUCAAGUUACUGAAGGCGUUCAAUUACGAGUUGCUACAAUUUCCAAACCUAUUCUACUACCUAAAUUAUAAAUCUUACAAUUAUCUUGUGAGCACCUUCGACAAAAGGUACAUAAUUUACUACCUAUAUGACAACCCUAAGUAUUUGAAGAUGUAUUUUAAUGCUUUAUUGAAGAAGAAGAAUUUGGAGGCGUGUCUCUUGGCUGUGUACUUUUUGUACCCCCUGUACAUUUCCUCCGAGGACGUAGACUUUCGGAUGUUUUAUUUUCUGUUUUUCAAGCCGAGGAAGAUGAAGAACACUAAUCACAACAGCAGCAUUGUGAAUAAUGAGCCGUACCUGCGGCAGUACGAAAAUGACUACAGAGAUAGAGACACGGGAAAGAACAGCCGUAGUGGUUUUGCCAACGGCGAUGGAAUGGCCUUCGGAAAUGGGGCCGAAAUUGCUGCUGGCAGUGGAGUUGGGAGGGCCGCCCCUCAUGUUGCAUUUACCAACCCGUUGUGCAAUCAGAACUACAACACUGUAUACUCCUUUCUCAAGAACGAAUGCGUAAUUAUUAAUGAUCUCCAUUUUUGUUUCAAAAAUGAGGAAGUCAUGCCGUUCGACAGCGUCACGAGGAAGGUGUACAAAUUGACAGACCUGUGUAAAUAUUUCGAUGUAUUUGAAAAGCUAAAAAAGAUUAACACGGAAAUUAUUAGGAAUUCGUUUGAUUAUCUAAUUAAGAGGAACGGAAAGUGCUCGUGUCCCAAGAAUUUCAUUUGCAUAAAAGACUUAGGGUCAUCUUUGAAAUCAGUAAAAAUUUUAGAAACCUUCGAAGAUUUCUUUACGAUUUAUGAACACAUAAAGAAAAAGGAGAGAGUCAUAUUUAUCGACGCGGAAUGGAAGUGCGCUGUAUUUCGUGAAAGUCCGAUCGUUUCCAUUUUUCAAGUUGCCCUAAAGGAUAGUCCCGUGUCCUACAUAAUUGACUUGAAAAAAAUUGCUGUAGAGAAUUACGAAAUUAAUUACUACAUUUCGGACCUCUUUCGGGAUCAAAAUAUUAUCAAAGUUGGAGUGGCCUUUUUAAACAACGACAUGUUGCAUUUUAGAAAGUACUACGACAUUUCUGCCAUGUUGAAAUGGGAAAAGUAUCACAGCAUAUUGGUGGACAGCAUUGAUAAUGGAGAAGUACCCAUGGGAGAAGAACAUACCAACUUUUGGGCCUCAUAUCAGCUCCCUUUGGGAAAGGAACAAAUCAUUGCCAACAGCACCAGUGAUUGGGAUGUGUUGCUAAAGCGGGCCAUGAAGAGCGUCUACGAGAGUGGUGAGCACAAUGGAAGCGCAAAUGAUGGUGGGAUCUAUCAGAACGAAGGGAAGCAGGGCCAACACAUCAGCAGGAGUGAUACACAUUCUGCAGAUAAACGAAGGAAAGAACAAGGAGGAAAAGAAAACUCCAGUCUCAGUGACGACAUAAGUUAUAAGAAUAUUUUUCCUGUUAAUUAUUUUGUGAAAUACAAAAAGAACGAAGCAUUGUUAGAUAAGCUUUUGAACUCAAAGUGCAGUGGCUGUGGAAAGGUUGGGAUUUAUAGUUGCAUACACAAGUAUUACGACUUGGAGUGUAUUUACCUGAAAUAUUAUGAGCAGCUGAAGGGGUACUUUCCCCAACUACGAAAAAACAUGAGUUAUUCUGUCAAAAUAUUCGGGAAAGCUUUAUGUCCGGACAAGGAGGUUAACAAGGAGUGCCAGAUCAUGAACUGGAACUUCAGGCCCCUCUCCUCCAUCAGUGUAGAGUAUGCCAUACUGGACGUUCUUAUUUUGAAGAACUUUUUUAAUUUAAUUCAGUCCAAGUUGUCAUUUAGAAUCGAGAAGGCCCUCUAA